GAUCAUUCAUUUUUAGCUCUAGCAGUUCAGAGGUACUGGCAUCCGUUGGUGCUCUGUCAUACUCUCAGUUAAUCUAAUUUAGUUCUAAUUUUAAUUUCGAUCGAACGAGUUAACGAGUAACGCGUGUAAUUUUUGUUUUUAGUUUCCGCCAAAAUACCCACAGACACAUAACACGCGAUACAACCAACGCCCAACGCCCCCCUUUUUUAAAAUAAAAAGAAUAUAAAUAUUUCGUCAUAAAUACAAUUGUUGGUGAUAAGAAGAAGACGAAGAAAGAAGAUGUGUUCCCGCAACAUUAAAAUCUCGGUGGUGAUGAUGUUCCUUAUCUUCGUUCCACUGUUUACAGCUUUGCCCCGCAAUCACAAUAUGGCCAAGAGAAGUAAUUUCUUUGAUCUGGAAUGCAAAGGCAUCUACAACAAGACCAUGUUCUAUCGUCUGGAUAAGAUAUGUGACGAUUGUUAUAACUUAUUCCGUGAGACAAGUAUACAUAGAUUAUGCAAGAAAGACUGUUUCGAUUCAAAAUGGUUUGGUGAAUGUUUAAAAGUUUUGUUUAUACCCUCCGAAGAAGUUUCACAAUUACAAGAUUUCAUUAAAAUUGUUAACGGUUCACCGAUAAAUUUCAAUAUGCCGCCAAUUACAACAUAACUGUUUUAGAUCAGCACCAUCACCUCCCACCAAAAACACAAAAAUAGAAACACAGAAAACAACAAAAACGUUAAACAUGUCUGUCUCUCUCUCUCUCUCUCUCUGUCUGACUCUCUUUAAACAUUGUUAUAAACCAACAUCCGGUUUGUCUUUCAACUCUAGGCAAUGAUUUAAAUUAUCCAACCAGAAAAUGAAGAAAAUCAUCACCAAAAUCAAAAAAAAAAAACAAAAAGAAAAUCCCUCAAAUCCACCUUAAAAUUUUAUUGAAAUUGAAUACAAAAAACUAUUAAAUGAAAAUGAAAAAAGAAAAAGAAGCAUAAAAGAAUAUUUUGUACUUAUUUAUUUUAUUUUCGUAAAUGUAUUAAUUACUAUUAUUAUGAUUAAUUUUUAUUAUUUAUUAUUAUAAAUAAUUAUAAUUUAAUUUAUUCUUAAGUUGCAUUUGUUUUGUAAGAAAGUGAGGAAAAGAAACAAAAAAAUAUUCGAAUUAGCUUGUCUAAUAUUGUUGGUUUUUGUGUAUAUUAUUAUUAUUUUUUACAAUAAUUUGCACAGCAAUUUUAAACAAGGGUUUUCGUCUAUAAACUAUUAUUUAUUUUUUCUACUCGUUUUUUAUUAUUUUCUGUAAUUUUAAAUUAAAAACAACAACAAAAAAAUGAUGUUUUUAGAAACAUAGAAAUACACCCAUACCCAUAAAACGAACAAAGUAUUUUAGCAACGUUUUGUAUUUAUAGCUCAUACACAACACAUACACUUACACCUACAUAUAAACUUAUAUUAAAUUCGAAAUCAAUUCUAUCCUUGUUCUUGUUUUGCAAAUUACAAAAAAAUCGAAAGAAAGAAAAAAAACAAUCUCCUUGCUAUUUUGUCUUUACUUUCUGUUGGCAUUUGAACAUUUUAAAUGUUACAAAUGUGACAAAAUACAUAAAAGGAAAUUGAAAAACAAUACCUAUUAGAUACUUGUAAAAUAACAUAAAAACAUAUGAAUUAUUUAUACAAAUAUCCUGCAUCUCCUAUUAAAAAUCAAAAAUCCAAAAAAAAAGAAAGAAAGAAAGUGUAACGUUUAAAUUUGCUGGCAAAUCUUAAUUAUUAUGAUGUAUGUACGUAUUUUAAUUAAACACACACACAUAUAUAUACAUAUAAAUAUUAAACAAAACAAAACAUAAAAAAGAACUAUUGAAAAAUAUUGUGAUAGAACACGUUAAAAACACUCCUCUUUAUACAUAAUUACACACAACUAUUGUAUUUUGUGAAGAAACAAACAAUAACAAACAAACAAAAGAAAAAAAAAAACAAAAUAAAAAAAAUCGAAAACUUA